AUAUAUACACCUUACUGAUACUCAUCCGGUCUUAUUAAUUAACAGUAUCAUAAGGUUCACAUUUUUUGCCCAUAUUUUUGACAGGGGUUUGCGUUUUCUGCAAUUUACGAAUAACGCCAUACGUGACGUUAUGGUUCCUUAGACGUUUUGUGGAAAUCACUUGAUGUAAUUGAUGUCAUAGCGUAACGCCUAUUAAUGUUUCUUGUUUCACACGGGCGUACUGGCGCGAUUCGGCCGCCUUCACGGCAUCCAAACUCUCCGGAAACACAGCGGGGCCAGCUUCCUGCCCUGGCAUCGUGUUUUCACAGCGGCGUAAGUAGAGCCAGAAUUAUCGCACUUUGUCCAGCAAACAUAGUUUAGGGACACAGUUAUCAUGAUUGAUAAUAAAUUAAUGGUUUGCUGUUAUUUUCAAGAGUGUUUGGCUAUCAUGGAAAGAGUUAAUGAUUUCCAUACAUAGUGCAUGUCUGAUAUGUCGGUCUGCUGCAGGGUCGAGGAGAAGCUCCGAGAGAUCGAUCCGGAUGUGUCGCUGCCCUACUGGGACUUUACCAUGGACAAUUACCUCCCGGUUCCAUCGGUAUCCAUCAUGUGGAGCUCGUGUUUCGCUGGCAAUGGCAACGGAACGGUCCUCGAGGGUCCCUUCCGGAACAUGUACGGCGGCUUGAACACUCUGAUCGAACGCGACAUCGCGCGAAACGGAACGCGACUUAUUAACAAGGACGAAAUCGAUAAGCUGAUGGGACUUUGCUAUUAUGCGAACAUCACGACCGGAAACGAUCCAAACUACCACCAGAAGGUGAACAAUCUGGAAGUUCUACACGAUGGUGUACACGAUUUGGGUGGGUGGAGAUAUGUCCUACGGGGAGUAUGCAUCGUACGACCCCGUAUUCUUCAUGAUCCACGCCUUCAUCGAUUACAUUUGGGAGCAAUUCCGACGCCGUCAGUCGUCUUCGAUGUGUAGUGUUGAUGUCGAGAAAGACUACCGUGAACCAAAAGACUACGCCGUCGACAACGCCCCCGGUCACGCACCCUGGGAUGAGAUGCACGGGUUCGAGUAUCUGCAAAAUCAUGAUGGUCUAUGGCGUAACUGGACCACAGCCGUGUACGGCUACGAACCUGUGCCGAAGUGUCCCGAGUGCGGCAAUUCAGAGAACCGCUAUUGCGACAUGGAUGUCGAUCAGCGCCGACCGGAAGGCGUAUGCGUGACAAAAACGAGGUUUUUCUGCGUCGACCCGCCGCUUAACGACUUUAAUAGAAACACGUCAUACGAGGAGCCGGUAGGGGGCGGUGCAACGGUGAUCCAAGACACUAGACACAAUGAGCCACCAGGGGACGAUCGCACUAGAUUUAUGUCGCAGACAGAGGGUCUCGCUAUUGUUAGGCAGCAAGUAGGUCAAGUAACCCCAUCGCUGCAAUCAGUAUCGUAAGAGGUAAAGUCAACUGAAGGCGACAUCCCGACUCUGACAUGAAUAUACAAGAGGAAGACUCCGUAAUUUCCAGUGUUGACCGCAAUGGUCUGCCCCGAAGAGACGAAUACAUCAUUAGGGGUCGGAUAACCCAAAUCGCUGGUUUCUUUGCACGUAUGCAAUAUGUCAUUAACAUAGCGGACUGUAUUAAUUUGUGUUACUGCCGCGCAAUACUCCCAGUUGAAUUGUUUUACAGCUUUUAAGUAAGUGACACAAAAGUUAAAUAACCAAAUGACCGGUAAGAUUCGAUUAAUAUUGAACAAACUAUAGCAAAAUCAUGGAUUUAUCUAGUUAAGCAGAUUGUCUUAAUAUUUUGUUUUUGUUUUGCUAACGGAUGUGUAAGAAGGUUCUUUGUUAAAUUUGUUGAAUAUGCGUUGAGCAAAAAUGGCCAAGGUCAUUAGAACACAUAUUACAUGCGAAUAUCUAUUUUACAUAGUAUCUUUUUAUAUCUCAUCUAAAGAGUUGAUUCCGAUUGUAUGUUAUGGAAAUCGUGGCUUCUAGGUGUGUAAUCUUUUCAGAUUGUUUAAUUUCAUUGAUAAAUACUUCAUUCAUAUUCUGUUUUGCUUCGUCUCCUUUAAACUUUCUAGUAAAUUGAUAGUGUCUAUGUUUAUUCCCUCGCUAUUAUCAAAUUUUAAUUGCCAUAGACUUAAAGCGAUAGUACACAUGUUAACUGCUUCGCUGAUUCCGUAGUAGGUUUAACUUGCAUUCGGUUCUUGAUAUUCAACUAUUACAACUGUUUCUACUGUGGGUAUAAAUUACACGGAUAUUCGUCUGUUAAACUCCUUUUGUGAAAGUGCUUUUUAUAUUCAAUCCACAUAAAAGUCUCUGUUAAGCUCUUGACAACUCAGUAACUGUAUUAUUGUAAAACUGCUAUCAUUUAAGUACUCGUUUUAUGGUUAUUCCACCUUCAAACCACUGUUAAACGGGCAUUAAUGAACCAUACUAACGGUAUUAUACUGCUUCAUUUUAUAGACAUUCCAAUCGUUUUAACGCUGGCUUCAGACCGUAUUAACGUUGACUUCUGUUGUUCAAUUGCAUACAGUCCUUUAUGAUCGACAUUUCUUGGAUAAUUCACAGUGACAUGUAUUGUACGGUUAACUGUUUCUGCAAAUCGUGCUGAGUAAAUGUAAGCUUUAUGUAGCAGAUGCAUGUUGACUGUUUAACAUUAACACAUAAGCAUUCAUGUAGUUGUAUAGAUCACCAUGUUAAAGUAUGUAUUUAGUUGUUGUUUGUCUUUGUUUAUUGCGUUUUGCAUUGAUAUGCGUUGCGAUCAUUUUGUUGUUAAACUAUCAUCGGAUAUUUUCAGAUAUGUACACUACAGUGGAAUAUU